AUGGUGCUCGAUUCCCUUCUCAACCAGCCGGUGGUCAUCGAUAACGGAUCCGGCACAAUCAAGGCCGGAUUCGCAGGCGAAGAUACGCCGAAAUGCUUCUUCAACUCCUUCGUCGGCCGUCCAAAACAUCCACGCGUGCUCGCAGGCGCCCUCGAAGGCGACGUAUUCAUCGGAUCUCGCGCGCAGGAUCUACGCGGCCUGUUAAAGAUCAAGUAUCCACUCGAACAUGGGAUUGUAACGGACUGGGACGAUAUGGAGAGGAUAUGGCAGUAUGUUUACAGUGAUGAACUGAAGACUUUGUCGGAGGAGCAUCCAGUACUUCUCACAGAGGCGCCGCUGAAUCCGCGCGCGAACAGAGAUAUGGCGGCGCAGAUAUUCUUCGAGACGUUUAACGUUCCUGCACUAUUUACUAGUGUACAAGCAGUCCUGUCGUUAUACGCUUCAGGUCGUACAACUGGUAUCGUCCUUGACUCUGGCGACGGAGUUUCCCACGCUGUUCCGGUAUACGAAGGUUUUGCGGUUCCCUCAGCUGUAAGAAGGAUAGAUGUCGCAGGAAGAGAUGUUACAGAGCAUCUACAAACGCUGUUAAGGAAAUCCGGAGCCGUUUUCCAUACAUCCGCCGAAAAGGAGGUUGUAAGGCAGAUCAAAGAGAAGGCGAGCUACAUCGCCCCGGAUCCAAAGAAAGAGGAGAAGGAAUGGGCCGGUGGUGGUGUCGGCAAGGUUGAGGACUAUAAACUGCCAGAUGGGAAUAUUCUUAAGCUUGGAGCCGAACGAUUCAGGGCCCCCGAGAUACUCUUCGAUCCCGAGAUCAUCGGGCUCGAGUAUCAGGGUAUUCACCAAAUCUUAGUGGAUGCGAUAUCACGAACAGACAUGGAUUUGAGGAAAGCCCUCUUUGGAAAUAUCAUCCUAUCGGGUGGAUCGACAUUAACAAAAGGGUUCGGUGACCGUCUCCUUGCCGAAAUACGCCGUCUCGCAGUCAAAGAUAUGAAAAUCAGAAUAACAGCACCACCAGAAAGGAAAUACAGCACGUGGAUAGGUGGAAGUAUCUUGGCUGGGCUGAGUACUUUUAGAAAGAUGUGGGUUAGCAUAGACGAUUGGCAUGAGAACCCCGAGAUCAUUCACACGAAAUUCUCAUGA